CCCCCGCGGCGGGCGGGGUUGGGACAGCCCCGGCGCUGGCCGGGACUUCUCGCUGCCCCUGGCUGCAGUGACCAUCUGGCUGGGUGGGCACGAGCUCGGUCCCCGUGUGCGUGGCGGGGGCCCGGCGCCACUCCCGCCCUCCUGCACCCGGCGAAGGCUGGGCCCGCUCUUCUCUCCAUCAGCCUCCCCCACCCCGCAGCCCUUGAGGAGGAGGACUCUAGCUCGGACUUCACCGCCCAGGGCACCACUCUCGGGGGCUCCUGGAGCAUUAGAGAACUUCGAGAACAAAAGGUUGGACAGGACACACCGCCAGGGAGACAUCUCUCUGGCACCUUUGUUCCUUUGGAGGUGGGCUUCCUGUCACAGUCUUGUAAUUAUGAGACUUUUCUGCCUGGUGGGACUGCCUGAAGGAGGGGGCAUUCCAGCUCUCUGUGGUGCUGAGCCCGGUCCCCAUGGCCUCGCUGAGCAGAGCCCUGCGUGUGGCCACCACCUGCUCUCGCCGGGCCCUGGGGCCGCGUGCGCUGACCAGCCGAGCCGGCCCCACCACUGAGAAGAGCGUGCCGUACCUGCGGACCCUGAAAGAGGCCCAGGGCCCCACGGUGGUGGCCCAGGGCCCAAGCCGCCCCCUGCCCAGCGCAGCCAACGUGGUGGUCAUCGGUGGGGGCAGCCUGGGCUGCCAGACCCUGUACCACCUGGCCAAGCUGGGUGUGACCGGGGCGGUGCUGCUGGAGCGGGAGAGGCUGACCUCCGGGACCACCUGGCACACGGCAGGCCUGCUGUGGCAGCUGCGGCCCAGCGACGUGGAGGUGGAGCUUCUGGCCCACACGAGGCGCGUGGUGAGCCGUGACCUGGAGGAGGAGACGGGGCUGCACACGGGCUGGAUCCAGAACGGGGGCCUGUUCGUAGCGUCCAACCGGCAGCGUCUGGAUGAGUACAAGAGGCUCAUGUCGCUGGGCAAGGCCUAUGGCGUGGAGUCACACGUGCUGAGUCCGGCAGAGACCAAGGCGCUGUAUCCGCUGAUGAACGUGGACGACCUGUACGGGACCCUGUACGUGCCGCAGGACGGAACCAUGGACCCGGCGGGCACCUGCACCGCCCUCAGCAGGGCUGCUGCUGCUCGGGGGGCACAGGUGAUCGAGAACUGCCCGGUGAGUGGCAUCCGCGUGCGGACGGACGACUUCGGGGUACGCCGCGUGGCCGCUGUGGAGACGGAGCACGGCUCCAUCCAGACGCCCUGUGUGGUCAACUGCGCAGGCGUGUGGGCCGGUGCCGUGGGCCGCAUGGCUGGAGUCAAGGUCCCGCUGGUGGCCAUGCACCAUGCCUACGUCGUCACCGAGCGCAUCGAGGGCAUCCAGAACAUGCCCAAUGUCCGCGACCACGACGCCUCGGUCUACCUCCGCCUCCAAGGGGACGCGCUGUCUGUGGGCGGCUAUGAGACCAACCCCAUCUUCUGGGAGGAGGUGUCAGACAAGUUUGCCUUUGGCCUCUUCGACCUGGACUGGGACGUGUUCAGCCCGCACAUUGAAGGUGCUGUCAACCGCGUCCCUGUGCUGGAGAAGACGGGGGUCAAGUCCACGGUCUGCGGCCCUGAGUCCUUCACGCCAGACCACAAGCCCCUCAUGGGGGAGGCACCCGAACUCCGAGGAUUCUACCUGGGCUGUGGUUUCAACAGUGCCGGAAUGAUGCUGGGCGGCGGCUGUGGGCGGGAGCUGGCCCACUGGAUCGUCCAUGGGCGCCCGGAGAAGGACAUGUACAGCUACGACAUCAGGCGCUUCCAUCCGCAGCUCGCCGACCACCGCCGCUGGAUCCGGGAGCGCAGCCACGAGUCCUACGCCAAGAACUACUCCGUGGUCUUCCCCCAUGAUGAGCCCCUGGCGGGACGCAACAUGAGGACCGACCCCCUGCACGAGGAGCUACUCGCCCGAGGCUGUGUGUUCCAGGAGCGACAGGGCUGGGAGCGGCCAGGCUGGUUUACGCCCCAAGGCACAGCUCCGGUUCUGCAAUACGACUACUACGGGGCCUACGGAAACCAGGCGCACAGCGACUACGCCUACGGCCGCCUGCUUGGGGACGAGUACACGUUCGACUUCCCGCCGCACCACGAUGUGAUCAAGAAGGAGUGUCUGGCCUGCAGAGGGGCUGCUGCUGUGUUCAACAUGUCCUACUUCGGGAAGUUCUACCUGGUGGGCUUGGAUGCAAGGAAGGCCGCUGACUGGCUGUUCUCUGCUGAUGUCAACCGACCCCCGGGCUCCACGGUGUACACCUGCAUGCUGAACCACAGGGGCGGCACCGAGAGCGACCUGACCGUCAGCCGCCUGGCCCCCAGCUCCCAGGCCUCCGCCCUGGCCCCUGCCUUUGAAGGGGACGGCUACUACCUGGCAGUGGGCGGGGCCGUGGCACAGCACAACUGGGCUCACAUCCGCACGGUGCUGCAGGACCAGAAGCUCCGGUGCCAGCUCAUCGACGGCUCCGAGGACCUGGGUCUGAUCAGCAUUCAGGGCCCAGCCAGCCGGGCCAUUCUGCAGGAGGUGCUGGAUGCAGACCUGAGCAACGAGGCUUUUCCGUUUUCCACCCACAAGCUGGUGAGAGCCGCCGGGCACCUGGUGCGGGCCAUGAGGCUCUCCUUCGUCGGGGAGCUGGGCUGGGAGUUGCACGUGCCCAGGCCAGCCUGCGUGCCCGUGUACCAGGCUGUGAUGACCGCGGGCGCCAAGCACGGCCUCGUCAACGCCGGGUACCGGGCCAUCGACUCCCUGAGCAUCGAGAAAGGCUACCGGCACUGGCACGCAGACCUGCGCCCCGAUGACAGUCCCCUGGAGGCAGGCUUGGCCUUCACCUGCAAGCUCAAGUCGGCCGUGCCCUUCCUGGGGCGGGCGGCCCUGGAGAAGCAGCGGGCCGAGGGCCUCCGCCGACGCCUGCUGUGCCUGACUGUGGAUGAAAAGGUGCCCAUGUUCGGCCUGGAGGCCAUCUGGAGAAAUGGCCAAGUGGUGGGCCACAUCCGGAGGGCUGACUUUGGGUUCGCCAUUGACAAGACCAUCGCUUACGGCUACAUCCGGGACCCCAGCGGUGGGCCGGUCUCGCUGGACUUUGUGAAAAGUGGGGAGUACGCUGUGGAGCGGAUGGGGGAGACCUGCCCUGCCCGGGCUCACCUCAAGUCCCCCUUCGACCCCGACAACAAGAGGGUGAAGGGGAUCUACUGAUGUCUGCACGGGCGGAGCCUCUGCCGAGCGGGAGGCCCAGACCUGCUCCGUCCCUCACUGACCCUCCACGCGGGGCCCGACUCCCUGACCCAGGACCCGAACCCAAACCCGAACCCGCACAUGGGUCCUCCCUGCCCUUAGUCCAGGCCGGCCAAUCCCGCAAUCAGAUGCCAGCCGAGGGGACGGAAGACCCUGAGGGCCCGUCCUGUGGUCACUGACCAAGGGACGGUCCCUAGCCCACCCUUCCCCUCCCCCCAAAACAAACACGCACGGUCUCGGGCUCAGGCCGUGGGCCGUGUGGCCCCUACAAGGUCCCGGGAAGAUGCUGAGUUAGCACUCGGUAAGCCCGGUGAGGAAGCAGGGAGGCCGAGGUCCGCCCGGCAUCCCCAGCCUGCCUGCGGGGCAGCUCCAGGGGGUUUCAAGGUGCAUCUGGAAUUAGGGAGAGAGUGAGGACUGACUAGUACCGUCCGCUGUGGGCGCGGCGGGGGAGGCAGAGAGCAGGUGCUCGGUCCGUGCAGUUGGGCCUGUGGGCAGGAGGUGGGGGGAGGCGGGCAGGCGAGGGAGUCUGGAAAGCCAGCCCUUCCGGCCUUGACCUGCUCCUCACGUGGGAACGCUUUCUGGCCAUCGCCCUCUCAUGCCCGAGGCCAGCAGGAGCAGGGCGUGGGAGGGGUCUCCCCUCGGUGCCCCCCUCACCCGUGUGGAAGGCCGCCUCCCGCCUUGAGUGCCCCAAGUGCACGUCAUUCGUUAGGUCUGUAACGGAGGGGCGUGCGGACAGACGCGGCCUCGGUCCUCAUGAUCGCGAUGAGGUUCCUGUCCUUGACUUUCUUGUCCCGUGGUCCUGGGGGAGGUCCUCGUACAGGGUCUUGAGUGACUCCCCCGCUCCUUCUCUGGGCUUUCGGAACUCCCAAACAUCGACCGGCGUGACCCUCCUCCCUGCCUUCCGUCCCUGGGUCCUGGGUCCCUCCUGCUCUGCCUCGCCCCCCCCGUCUCCCGGAUCACACCCCCAGGGCUUCGGUGGCCACCAGGCAGCCCCAGCAAAGCGGCGCCGUGCGGCCCUGCCCAGGCAAGCCUGACCCUCUGGGGAGCAGAAGGCGACCGAUGCGUGGGGACGGGAGGACGGGAUUCCCGCGGACACACACCAGGAGAAGCCGGCUGACUGGGGUGUGGGCAGGCUCUGGCAGGCCCUCAGAGGCUCACACCCCUGGAACCCGUCAGGCUAAUAAAGAUGAAGUCGUGGGAAGA